GAUGUUUAUUACCUCCACGCCCCCGAUCGCAACACCCCGUUCGAGGAAACCCUCGAUGGAAUCAACGAGCUGUUCCUCCAAGGCGGUUUCAAGCGCUUCGGCCUCUCCAACUUCCUACCAAUCGAAGUCGAGGAAGUGGUCCGCAUCGCCAAAGCCAGGGGUUUCGUGCUGCCCACGGUCUACCAGGGCAACUACUCGCUCAUCGCCCGGAAGCAGGAGGCCCACCUCUUCCCCGUGCUGCGGAAGCACGGCAUGUCUUUCAACGCGUACUCCCCACUUGCCGGUGGGUUUUUGACCAAAUCCCCGAGGGACUUUGAUGAUGGCCCCGUGGGCCGGUUCGAUCCGAGCAACCCCAUCGGUGGGCUGUAUGUGACAUUGUACAAGAAGCCCGCGUUCCUCGCGGCGUUGGACUACUGGGAUAGGAUCAGCACGGAAAGCGGGAUUCCAAAGGCCGAGUUGGCCUACCGGUGGGUGGCAUACCAUAGCGCGCUGCAGGCCGGGAGGGGAGAUGGGAUGGUCAUCGGGGCGAGGACGCUGGAGCAACUGCGCCAGACUCUUGUUGCGCUUGGGAAAGGUCCGCUGUCGGGAAAUGUGGUAAAAAGGAUUGACAAGGUCUGGGAUAUGGUUGAGGCGGAGGCUGGGGUUGACAACUUCAACUUGAACAAUACCAAGAUAGCUUCUGUUUUGUGA